GCCCAGCGCAGCCCGGACACAGCCACAGCCGUCACCCCGGCACAGCCACAGCCGUCACCCCAGCGCAGCCCCGGCACCGCCACAGCCAUCGUCCCGGCACAGCCGUCACCCCGGCGCAGCCGUCGCCGUCCGCAGCGCUCACACGCCGCGCUCAGCCGCCCCGCCGCUGCUCUCGAACUGACAUCUUCCAAAUCGGCUGCAAAAAAACAAUGGAAACCAUGCAUGAGCUGAUCCCCUUUGCUAAAGAAAUGCUCAGCCAGAAGCCCAACAGGAAAAUGGUCAAGCUGUACAUGCUGGGCAGCGUGCUGGCUUUCUGCGGUGUGGUUAUUGGUCUGGUGGAGACAGUCUGCAGUCCUUUCACCUCUGGAGGGAGGCUAGAAGAGGAGGAGGAGAAGAGACCAGCCCCGAAGCGAGAGCAAAGGCUUCCCCACAAACAGGAGGAUUUGAUCUUGGAAAAGAGCACGAAGCCAGCAGCGGUGCAGAGGGCCCUGGUGACCAGGCAGCACGCCUCCUGAGAGCCCCAGGGCUGGAGAGGUGCCACGCACCACAGACUCUGCUGUCCUGUCCUACCUGGUGGUGGUUCCAGCAAGAGAGAGGAGGAGACCACAAGUGCAAGACUUGAAAGAAGCGAAUGGUUAUAUUUGCUGCUGUGCAGCAGUGGGGAAAAAAUACCUUUUGUUGGUAUAAAACUGUGCGAGGUGCACAGCAUGGUUUCGUAUUUUUAUUACAGAUGCAUUUUACAUCAUUUUGCAAAAUCAA